AUUAUACUUCUUAAUUACAGCCUAAUUGUUCAAAAUUGACUGAAUUACAACAUUUUAGCAUCUAACUUAAUAUUUCAUAUCGUUUGAUAUGUCAAAAAAGUUGAUCUACCAUAAAAUGUUAUUAUAUAAUAUGUUUAGUGAUAGCGAUUGUUAUUAAGAAACAAGCAAUGAAAAUACAAUGCUAAUACGUCCCAAAUGUAUUAGUUUCAAUUUGUUGACUAAUUAAUGAGAAUUUUAAUGGAUCGCUAUUGAAUAUUUCAUUUACACCAUCAAUAAUUUAUAAUUUAAGAUACCGAUUUGUCAACAUCAGUUUUGGUAUGAAAAAUGUCAUACUUUUCCCUCCAGUCAAGAAAGUAUACUCGCAUAAUAGAUUUGGAUCAACAAAGACGUUUAGGAACACUUGCUCAAACUGAAUAUAAACGGUUAGCAACUUUACACAGUUUAAAUAAAAUAGGUUAUGAAUGGGAAAAAUCAUCUAGGCAUGACAUUUGUCCUAGUGACCGUAAUGAAAUUACAAGUAUGGAAAUAGAUCCAAAAGAAAGCAAAUAUUUGUUAACAUUAAGUCGUAAUAGUACUGUUGCUAUUUUUAAUGUGCAUUCAAAUGCUACAAUUUAUGAUACAAUAAUGAAAAUACCAAUUCCACCUGAUGAAGUGCGUACUCUAACUCCACCAAACUCAAUUCACUGGUUUUGGGAUUGUUCAAUGUUUUCAGUCGGUACUAGAACUUCUAUUCAAUUCUGGGAUGCUUCUAUUGGAAAUAUUAUUGAAGUUAUACAAAUCAAUUCAAAAGUUAUUAAUCAUGUUACUACAACUAAAAAUCAUUCUUCCCAUGACUAUGUUGCUGUUUCAGGAAAAGAAGGAAAUGUUUUCAUUAUUGAUUUACGUGUUGGUAAUGUAGUAAUGACAUCACAAGCAGUUGAACAAAAACCUAUUAGAGCUCUUCAUUGGCAUCCUAGCAAUGAACUAAUUUAUGCAACUGGAAAUGAAAAUGGAAAUAUAUUUUUGUGGGAUAUUCGUUUUCAAAAAGAAAUUUUAUUAAAGUUUUGUAGUGACCAAUCAUUUAGUCAAGUUCCUAGUCAUCAACAGCCUGUUGCUGGUUUACGAUUUUAUAACAAUGGAGUCAGUAUAAUAUCUAUAGACAACAAAGGGACUAUUAAAUCAUGGGAAGUUAGUAGUGGACAAAUACGAUAUGGGUAUUAUGACAAAGUAAUAUUUUGUGAACUAAAUCAAAACACAUUUUAUAAAGAAUAUCAAUUUGCAACUACAGAAAAUUUGAAAGAAGAUAUUGCAUUUAUGCCAUCAAACCAUGGGUUAAUAAUUUUUGAUAUAAAUAGUGGAUUGCAGUUACCAAAUUCUAAAGAUAUCCAUCGUAAUGUCAUUUGUACAUCAUAUGAUUCUCAAAAAAUUUGUGUGUAUGGAAGUUUAGAUGAUGUUGUGAGAUCAUGGGCCCCACUGCCACCUCCAAUAGACGAGUUAACAAUUCAAUAAAUAUUAUUUAUGAACUAGUAUUUAUAGUAAUAGAUGAAUUAUUUUUAGUGGUAUUAAGUGAAUUUAUUAUGUUGUAUCAUGUAUUGUUAUUAGAAGAAAUUAACAAAUAACAUUAAUUAUGAACAUUAUUAAUAGUAGUAAUAAUAAUAAUUAUACACUUAAAAUUAAUUUUUUUGAAAUUUUUGUAAUGAGAGUUUAAUUACUUUUAUGAAAUGUAUGAAUUGUGUACAUUCAUUAGUUUCUUGAAGAUGAAAAGAAUUAUUAUUGAUCUCGUAUUCGUAACUUAAUGGUAUUAAAAUUGUUAUGUGAUAUAUUUGAAUAUUGAUUUAAUUAUUACUGUUUGUUGUUAUUUUAUUUUAACUUAAUAUAUUUCUUAUUAAGCACAUAAAAUUUUAGAAUUGGAUAAUAUUGAACAAUUUUUUCCAUAACUGAUAUGUUAAAGAUACAAGAAGUUUAUGUGAAAUGUAAAGAGUGAUUGAUUUAUCAUAAACCACCCAGUUACUAUCAAAAUAAAUACACUAUUGGAAAUUUUUUUGAUUUCUUUUAGUUAAAUAUAUAUCAUGA